UAUACAUUGUAUUCCAGCUCUUUACGUCUCCCGUGGCGAUGGAGGGAGCUGAGCAACCGCUUCUUUUCCCUCGGCUAGACGGCGAGGAGGAACAGUUACUUUCUAGACCAUCAAACAUCACCUUCACCCCCGGCACCGAUGACAUCCCACCAAUCAACAGCGUCCGUGACUUCUUCAGAGAAUACCUGAUUGAGUCCAAGAAGCUGUGGUUCCUGGCUGGCCCCGCCAUCUUCACCAGCGUCUGUCAAUACUCCCUCGGCGCUAUCACUCAAGUAUUUUCCGGCCAAGUUGGCACUCUGGCCCUCGCCGCCGUCUCCGUGGAGAAUUCGGUCAUUGCCGGUUUCUGCUUCGGCGUCAUGCUUGGGAUGGGAAGUGCACUUGAAACUUUAUGCGGCCAAGCAUAUGGAGCAGGGCAACUUGAUAUGCUAGGGGUAUACAUGCAAAGAUCAUGGGUCAUCCUCACCGCAACGGCUUUGAUGUUAAGCUUGUUAUACAUAUUCGCGGGCCAACUUUUGAGGGUAAUAGGCCAAACGGAAAGCAUAGCGGAGGCCGCUGGAAUAUUCGCAAUAUGGAUGAUACCGCAACUGUUUGCUUACGCGUUUAACUUCCCGAUGGCGAAGUUCUUACAGGCGCAAAGCAAGAUGAUGGCGAUGGCGGUGAUAUCCGGGGUGGCGUUCGUUCUGCACUGUUUGUUUAGUUGGCUGUUGAUGCUAAAACUGGGUUGGGGAUUAGUUGGUGCAGCCAUUGUGUUGAAUGCGUCGUGGAUUGCCAUAGACGUGGGUCAGUUUUUGUACAUAAUUAGCGGCACUUGUGGUCAGGCUUGGACCGGCUUCUCUUGGAAGGCAUUUCAACAUCUGUGGGGAUUUGUCAGAUUGUCUUUUGCUUCAGCUAUAAUGCUCUGUUUAGAGGUAUGGUAUUUUAUGGCAUUGAUACUUUUCGCUGGAUACCUGAAGAACGCUGAUAUAUCUGUGGAUGCGUUGUCUAUCUGUUUGAACAUACUGGGUUGGACAAUCAUGGUGGCUUUUGGAAUGAAUGCAGCUAUAAGCGUGAGAGUUUCAAAUGAACUGGGAGCAGGGCAUCCAAGAACAGCGAAAUUUUCAUUGCUGGUGGCCGUGACAUCUUCGUUUAUGGUUGGUGUCAUAGUAUCCAUAAUGCUCAUCAUCUUUAGGGAUGAUUAUCCCGGCUUGUUUUCAAAUGAUUCACAAGUUCAAGAGAUGGUUAUAGACCUCACUCCACUCUUAGCCCUCUGCAUUAUCAUCAACAAUAUUCAACCUGUCCUCUCAGGAAUGGCCGUUGGAGCUGGAUGGCAAACUGCUGUUGCCUAUGUAAACAUUGCAUGCUACUAUAUUUUUGGAGUUCCUCUGGGUCUCACAUUAGGUUUUGCGCUUAACCUGGGUGUCAAGGGAAUUUGGUGCGGGAUGUUAACAGGAACAGUCGUGCAAACUUGUGUACUAGUAGGAAUGAUUUACAGAACCAAUUGGACCAAAGAGGCUUCAAUUGCGGAGGAGAGGAUAAAGAAAUGGGGAGGCGAAAUUCACUCUGGAGAGAAGAAUAUGCUACAAGAUAAUAAUAACAAUAGCUAAAAAGAAUCUUAAUAAGAGCUAUUGUGUUUUCAUCUAUUGGAGAACCCCAAUUUCAGUUAGAGAACUGACAAUGAUAGAUUCCAAUUUAUCCACAUUGAAUUAGAAUUUUCUUAUGGGUUACUUCCGCUCUUUUAUUUACUAAGACAAAAGAAAACUAGUUUUCACGUUCA